AUGAGCGCCACGGACCCAGAGUUCUUUCCUACACCUUCCUGCCUUGAGGCAUUCUUGUUGAUACCUGCUGACUGGAGCUCCACGGCCAAAGUCUGUACAGUUUGGCGGGUCAGCCACCUGCACGUCAUCCACAGAAAGCCCCAGGCUCCAUCCCUGCACUGCGGGCAACCUGGAGACGGUGCGAACAGCUACCGGGCAGUGUGGGUUGUGCAGUUCUGCGGGGAGCAGCAGACGGCUGUCCCCGCUCAACUCCUCCUGCGUGGGGCUCCCACUGCUUCAGUGGCCUCUGCUGGGGGCUGGGACGAUGAAUGUGCCCCCAGAACGCAUUCAGCAACGUCUAGAGACCAUUCUGACUGCCACCGCCAAGAUAGAGAUGCUGGCAGCAACCAGUGGCUGGAGGCCGGGGCGCGGGGCACCCACUGCGCAGAAGGCAGCCCCUCCCCUGCAAAGAGAACUGGCACCAGCGUCAGCUCUCAGAGUCUUCGUGUGGGGAGCGCCCGGAGGAGGGGGACGCGCCUUUCCCUGCCCCUGUUCGGCAGGUUUCCUCGACGCGGUCCAGGGGACUGGGAACAGCCCGGGAGCCCGACUGCUGUGCACGGCGGGGGCGGUGACGGCCACCUGCGCGCCGGGAGCGCUGCGAAGGAGAACGCUGACCGGGGGCCCCUGGUCCUCCGAGGGGUGGCCGAGGGGCCCGCUCCCAGACCGCCCGAGCUCCCGGGCCAGCAUCCUCUAGCAUCCCGGCUGUGGUUCGGGAAGCCAGCCGGACCCCGAGGUGCCAGCCCAG